AUGUACGGGACCAAUGUUUCAGGCUUCUACUCUGGUGGCCAAUGGUUCCAGCCGUAUGGACGAGCUCUGGCGAACGAAAUGGCGGCAUAUGGCGUGACAUGCCAUGUCGCAGUCUGCGGACUCACUGGCAAAUCUGCGGAAGAGAUGCUUCUGGGCGUCAAUGCCAGCCUCGUGGACCAGUGUGGUAUUCCAUGGAAGGGCCUGGCUCGCACAUUGGAGGAAGAUGGCCCGUUUGAUCUCGUGAUGCUGAUGGCAGGAACGAACGACCUGCCCUUCGCUUGGAGGCGCAAAAAUGCUGCCGCUAAUCUCCGAGCACUGCACCAAGUGUGCCACAGGCGUGGAAUACCAACCAUUGCGAUGGCUCCACCUUUAGCACCUGUCGGAGACGCAUCAUGGUGCAACAAUCGCCGGGUGCUGCUAGAGGACAUGGAGAUGGCUCUCCAGGGCUUGGCCCAGCAUCUGACCUACAUGGAUCCCAGCAUCAUCUUGAGCCACGAAGAUCCGCUGAUGUGGGAUCCGGACGGCCUGCACUUCUCUCAGAUCGGCUCGUACGUGCUCGGCAAGUCCUUGGCCAAGCUGGCCUUGGAGCUCUGUGACGGUGAUCCAGCCUCGCCUGCUCACACGCGAAGGCGCGGCUUGAAGGCACCAGCUUGCCCUGUGUCUCGGCAGCAGUUGGCCUUGAAAUUGGCUUCGGCCCUGGAGGAGGUGAAACCUCCGACGAUUUUAUCCCCGUGUAGCGGUGCUGAGCUGCUGAAGGCAGCUUGA